AUGGCGAACACGAUUCUAGACAUAUUCUACUCCUUAUCAAGCUGUAUAUGCUGUUUCCCGAGUACUCCGCAACUAAAAAUCAACAGUCGAAGUUUCCGCAUGCUUCGAUUACUGGGCGAGGGCGGCUUCUCCUAUGUAUACCUCGUCCAAGACACUAGCGACAGCGCUCUGUACGCGCUCAAAAAGAUCCGCUGCCCUUUCGGCCAGGAAUCAGUGUCGCAGGCGCUCAAGGAAGUCGAAGCAUACACGCUCUUCGCUCCGCACCCGAAUAUAAUUGCCAGUAUCGACCAUGCCGUGCUCAACGACUCUACGACAAAGGUUUCGGGCAUUGGAGCCGAAGCCGGGAAUGGAGGUGCGAGCAAGACGGUUUACAUUCUUUUGCCGUACUACAGGCGGGGAAAUUUACAAGACAUGAUCAAUGCCAACUUGGUUAAUCAUACACGCUUCGGCGAGCGACGACUCAUGAAACUGAUGCUUGGGGUAUGCAAGGCCCUCAAGGCCAUGCACCAGUACCGCGUACGAAACAACGCCUCCCGAUCGGCCGCGCAGGCGAUCCGUGACGAAGCCGCCGACGAGGACGCCGACGCCGCACAGCGACGAGCGAAGACAACGAAGCGAACCAUGACAGCCUCGGCCCAGAAUCAAGAGGAAAUUUCAGAAGAGCAGGAAGAACCGAUGCUGCAGCCUUCAGAUGAAGUCACCCGCGCGCAAGAUGGCGCCAAGCCAGGGGAGACCCGCGCAUACGCCCACAGGGACAUCAAGCCCGGGAAUAUCAUGAUCGAUGACGACGGACGGACGCCCAUCCUUAUGGACUUGGGCAGUCUGGCGCCGGCGCCGACGCCCAUCACCAGCCGGUCCUUGGCGAUCGCCGUUCAAGACACGGCAGCCGAACAUUCGACCAUGCCUUACCGCGCGCCGGAACUCUUCGACGUCAAAACGGGGAGUGUAAUCGACACCAAGGUCGACAUUUGGUCAUUGGGUUGUACAAUGUACGCGUGCCUGGUGGGGAAAUCGCCUUUCGAGGCUCGAAGCGAUGAGACGGGUGGGAGUUUGAGUAUUUGCGUCCUGGGCGGCGACUGGAGGUGGCCAGACGAAGGAAAUCAAAGUAAAGGAAAGGGCAAAGUUGGAAGUGCCCCAAGUCGCUCGAAUACCGCCCGGUCGGCGAAUGGCGACGCGAAUAAAGCGCCCGAGGCGUCGUCGGCGGCGAGGAUAUACCCCCAUCCAGCUGCGCGUGACGUGGUCAGAAGGUGUUUACAGGUCGAACCGGCGGAGAGGCCAGACGUGGAUGAGCUGAUGACCCUGAUUGAUACUUGUCUGAGCGAACUGCCAGAAGACGACGAGGGUGGAGGAGGAGCCGAAGUUGAUGGGGACCUGUGA